AUGAAAGAAAAAGAGAUUUCUCAAGAAGAAAUCAAUGUUUAUGAUCGUCAGAUACGUUUAUGGGGGAUUCAGGCACAAAAAAGAAUACGAAAUUCUAGUGUUCUUCUUAUUCAUAUUCGUGAAUUGGCGGAGGAAAUAGCUAAAAAUCUGGUUUUGUCAGGUAUAGGUACUUUGACGCUUUUGGACGAUGGAACAGUCGAAAAAAUAGAUUCUAAAACACAGUUUUGCAUUGGAUUGUCGGAUAUAGGCAUGAACUACGCAGAUGUAGUAUCUCGCGUAUUAAAGGAAUUUAAUCCAUCUGUAACACUCGAGAUAAAUACAACACCUCUUUUUGAUGUUUCAGACGACUACUUUUCGGGAUUUGAUGUUGUAAUUGCAACAGAAUUAGAGCUAGAUUUGAUUGUAAGUAUGAAAAUACAUUGUGUGCAAAGUUUAUAUACAAAGAUACAUUUGAAUACGGUGUGCAGGGCUCAAAAAGUGCCGUUUUAUACCUGUGCAAUGUAUGGAUUUUAUGGAUAUAUCUUUGUGGAUCUAAUUAAACAUACAUACAGCAUAGAGAAAAAGGCAUCUGGUCGUUCAAAAAAAACUACAAGAAUAGAAUACACAGAACAAUAUCAUCCUUUUCCAGAAGUUGUCAACCAUGAAUAUGGGAAAUUGCUUACAGAAAAACAUGCAAAGAAAGUGUCACAAUUUCUUCCCGGAAUUAUAGGUAAGCCUGUCACUGUCUUUGUUUCUUUUGACCCGGAAAAAGGACUACUGUGUUUCCAGAAAAGAUUUUCCCGUUUUCCUGCAGCUCCCGAUGAAAUGUCGCAUUAUCUUUCUUUGGUCAGAGAGACUGCUCAGAGACUUGCAUUGUCUGAUCAGAUUUUGAAGGAUUCUGACCUGAUCCAUUUAGCUGAAAACGCUGCCUAUAAAUGGCCACCUGUUGCCUCUGUUAUCGGCGGCGUCUUGGCCCAAGAUGUUCUGAAUGUCCUGAGCUCCCAAGAAAGGCCCAUCCAAAACUGGUUUAUCUUUGACGGGGAAAAAUGUAUGUCCUGA